AACCCGGAGGCCCCGGGAACCUUAGGCAGAGCCAGAGCGGCGGGAGCCCGAGCCCGCGCAUGCUGCUCCGGGAGCGCGCCGUCCAGGCCGAGCACCGCCGCAGCUUGCCUUCUCUGCGCCGCUGGGAGAAGGGCCGGUGCUGACGAGGACGAGGAUCCCGAGCUCCAAUCCCUAUUCAAGAGCUGCCGGGCUGCCCGCUGCCCCUGCCGCCCCAGUGGGGCUCGGCCCCUCCCGCCACCUGCGUCCCGGUUGAGCCAUGGAUCCUUCGGAGAAGACGAUAUCGGUGUGGAUCUGCCAGGAGGAGAAACUGGUGUCCGGUCUCUCCCGUCGCACCACUUGCUCGGACGUAGUGCGGGUGCUCUUGGAGGAUGGCUGCCAGCGGCGACGCCGGCAGAGGCGAGACCGGCGGCGGGGCAUAGCUGGCGACCCGCCAGGCCCAGGGGAGCUGCCGGAACCCCUGGACGAGGACGACGAGGACGACGACGCGCUGCCCCAGGGCAUGUUGUGCGGGCCCCCCCAGUGCUAUUGCAUUGUGGAGAAGUGGCGGGGCUUUGAGCGCAUCCUGCCCAACAAGACGCGCAUCUUGCGCCUCUGGGACGCCUGGGGCGACGAGCGAGAGAACGUACGCUUCGUGCUGGUGCGUAGCGAGGCGUCGCUGCCCAACGCGGGACCCCGCAGUGCCGAGGCGCGCGUUGUGCUCAGUCGCGAGCGCACCUGCUCCGCCCGGGGCGUCCCGGCGCGGCCCAGCCUGGCCCUGACCCAGGAGAAGCAGCGACGGGUGGUGCGGAAGGCCUUCCGCAAGCUGGCCAAGCUCAACCGGCGGCGCCAGCAGCAGCCGUCGUCGCCUUGCUCGUCCACUUCCUCGUCCACAGCCUCGUCCUGCUCGUCGUCGCCGCGGGCCGCCGAGAGCGCGUCGGUGGAGCGCAUGGAGACGCUGGUGCAUUUGGUGCUCUCCCAGGACCACACCAUCCGUCAGCAGGUGCAGCGGCUCCGGGAGCUGGACCGAGAGAUUGACCGCUACGAGGCCAAGGUGCAUCUGGACCGCAUGCGGCGGCACGGAGUGAACUAUGUGCAGGACACCUACUUGGUGGGCGCAGGCAUCGAGCUCGACGGGCGCGGCCCGGGAGAGGAGCCGACGGCGGCGACGGCGGCGCCGGCCCUGGACGGCGAGGCUCAGGCGGUCGAGCUGGAGGAGCUGGCCCAGCGCUGCGACGACCUGCUGCGGUUGCAGGAGCAGCGGGCCCAACAGGAGGAGUUGCUCGAACGCCUCUCAGCCGAAAUCCAGGAGGAACUGAACCAGAGGUGGAUGCGGAGGCGCCAGGAGGAGCUCGCAGCGCGGGAGGAGCCCCCGGAGGCUGAUGGCGGCCUCGACGGUGAGCUGCUGCUGGAGCGGGAGCGGGUCAGGACGCAGCUCAGCACCAGCCUCUACAUCGGGCUCCGGCUCAACACGGACCUUGAGGCCGUCAAGUCGGACUUAGAUUACAGCCAGCAGCAGUGGGACAGCAAGGAGCGCGAGCUACAGGGCCUUCUCCAGACUUUGCACUCGUUGGACCUGACGGUAGCUCCCGAUGGGACUCCAGUCUCGAGCGGUCCCUCGCAGGAACCCCGGCCUCAGGCCUGCGCAGAGGUGUGGGUGGACCAGGCCCGCGGACUGGCCAAGAGCUGUCCUGGUAACGACGAGGACUCGGAUACCGGGCUGAGCUCUAUGCACAGCCAGGACUCGGACUCGGUGCCUGUGUGCGAAUCCCUUGUGUAGGAGGAGCAGAGCGGGGAGAGGGAGACGGCCGAUUCUCCCUUCUUUGUAGGAAGCACCGGCUUGACCGGCUCAGGGACUUGAAACCAGGCGGGGAGUGGGCCCGGACCUUCUGCCGGGCAGCAGCGCUCUGACUGGGCGGGGGAGGGCAGGGGACGCCUGCUCGGCAGCGGCGCUCCUCUGGCCUAGGAGUGAAUGUGGAGGAUGAUAACCAGACGAGGAAGCAGGGUCUCCAUUACAAGCUCUUUCAGGGGAAGAAAGGAGGGAGGAGGUGAGAACCCCCUUAUGUUGGAAAACAAAUGCUCCAGGAAGUUGACGUGGUCCGAGCCCAUUUUCCAAAAAAACAACAAAAAGAGUAUCAUGGAGAUUUCACCAAUCUUUUGUAUGGGAAGGACUGAUGGCAGCUAGAACUUUAGUUUGUGGUAUAAAGUACUUUUUAAAGAAACACUUGGAUGAAAAGGAAAUUCCUUGAAUGUUAAUUGUGACUGUGAACAUGUUAAAACUAGCCAAAGAGGACGCACUGGUGUUGGUCUCAGCCUUACUCACACCUUUGAUAAAACCCAUAGGCACCAAAAUCCUGGCUGUUUACAUUUAUGCAGAUCUGGGAAUUACCCAUCUGCUAAACUCUUUGCCUUUUGUUUUCCUUCAAAGACUAACUCUGUUUCCUCCUAGCAAAUACAGUAUAUGUUAAAAUGGGGUCCUUUUCCCAAAAUCACCUUUUAUUAUUAUAAAAGCCAAACCUAACUCUUGGAGAUACAGAAUCGUGGUAGACAUAACCCCUGGUUAAAAUUUAAUCUAGGCCCUUUGAGAUUUGCUCCUGCAAAGGUAUGUGUGUUGUCCUUUUAUUCUUAUUGCCACUUCAUUCCCUUCAGACACUGUUAUUUCAGAAAAAAUAAAAGGGAAGUUGCAGAAUCCAAGUACAACUACAUUUGCUGUUUAAUGAGCACUCUGGUUGAAAGGUAAGCCUUGAAAGCAAAGAUCUUUGUUAGUAUUCAGCUUUUUAACUAAGCUACGUGUAAAACCAACCAUGACCUCAACAGAUUUUACCAAACAAACCCAAGUCUAACUUCAGUAUCUUUGGUCAGAGAUUAAUUAGUUACUUGUCCAAACCUAAAUUGAGAUAGUGUAAAUAUCAAGGUUUACUAGAUAAGACCUGAAAAGAAAACAUAAAACAAUCUAAUAGUACACCUUAGGUGAAGAAUUUGGUUAACAACGGCACGUAGCCAUAAAAGCAUAUAAAGGCAUAUAAAAUUGAGCUAAAGAUUCGACUUGAAUUACUCUUGUCUGGCUCACACCUUUGCAGACACCACAGCAUGCAAGUGCAGUGCUUCUCUCUUAAUAGCUAGUGACACAGCCCUGUGGGAACUCUGUAAUUGUUCCAGUUAUUUCAAUGAAAACUUAUCAGUUGUAGCUAGUUGUUGCCCUGUGGAAGGAGCCUGCUGGCAGUGUUCCCUCCAGAGCUCAGAACUUCUGAGGAAUGUGGGAUCUAAUCUGUCCUGAGGAGGUAUUAACAAUAGGGUGUGUGCGCGGUGCCAGCCUGGUAUCAACCUAACUGUGCGGGGGCCGGCUCCAGUUUCAACACUACAUGGGAAGAUAACUUAAGAGGUCUUGCUUUUAUAGAGAAAUUUCUUUUCUUGGAGAGAUUCUCUGCUUGUUGCCAAGAGGGGCCUGCCCACCAGACCUCCUCAGACCCUUUGAGCUCUCUGCUUUUUAGACACCCACCCUCCACCACCGCCAUGCUAUUAGAACAUGUGUAGAUAUUUUCAGAUUUUCGAGUGGAAUGGGAAUUAAAAGGCCAUUUUCUUAACUGGUGUUUUCCAAAGACAUUAGCUGGCAUAAUUAUGGUUUUUUCGUUUCGUCUGAUGCAGAAAACGUCUAUGCGUUUGGUCUGGAGCAUGAUUAAAAUGAGGAAGGGACCAAAGGAAACCCACUGUCCCAAGACAGUCAUUUGAAUCCAUAAACACAAAGCCUAAUGAUAGCUUUCUUUUGGAGGCAGAGGUAAAAUCCUCAUUAGAGUGUGACAAACGCUACUUGUCUGGAUGGUUUAUGCUGGCAAUAGACUGACCCGGUGGUUUUAAAGUUAUUGUGCUUCCCUUGCUCCGCACCAAGGGUGGUAGGGGAGGUGGCUUUUGGACGUUUAUUAACUCAAAACACAAAAGUUGGCAGAACAGGACUGCCUGGCAGAAAGGGGCCAUUUUCCUUUUCACUAUUAUUUUAAACUUUGACGGGCUGCUGACGUCAGCAAGUAUGCCUGAAGCCUGUAAAGCAAAUAAGCCACAUCACAGGGAGAAAGCCUGUGGGAUUUUCUGAUGCCCUCUUUCUAGGACCUUCCAGUCCUGACCACCUGAACAUGCUUUCCCAGUCAGCUCUUCAGGCAGUGAAGGAGGUUUUGUUCAUAACAAAAGGUGGUCCAGUCUGCCCAUUUUUUCUUUUAUCCAAAUCAAUUAUAUCCCCCAAAGGCACUUUCUGUGUGGGUAGGAGAAAGGAGAACGGGGGGGGGGGGGGGGGGGGGGGGGGGGGGGAGGGGAGACAAUAGUUCCUUUUACUAAGAACUUUUGCAAGCCUGAGGAAGGUGAAAUAUGGGGAUAAAAAGUGCCUAACAAAUCCUAGAUAUCCUUAAAAUUUCAUUCACUUUAAAAAUAAUCAUCAUGGCACUAAGAAUGAGAAGGAAUGCAUAACAGUGAAUGCACCAGCACCAGGAUUUCAGUGCGCCUGGGAAAACUACCUCCUUUACUGUUCUCCAAGCCUAACAGAAACGCUGAGGAGAAACCAGCAAGCUUGUGCAGGAGAAUAUGAGAUGGAGUAGGCUCCUUACCAACCAGUCCCAUCCUUUUGUGGAACUGAUAGAAUUUAUUGUGUCUUUGAUCUUUAUGAUCCCAUUCUCGGCCAUCUCCCAAACCAAAAAGAUUAUAUCUGGCAUCUCUGUUUACUUCCUUAUAAAACAUGAUUGAUGAUGAUGAUGAUGAUGAUUUGCUAAUUAGAAAAGUUAUAUUCUGUAGUCUUUAUGGUGGUCCUGAAAAUAACAUAAGGAAGAAGAAAAGUCAAUCAAAAUCUCAUCACCAUAAGCUUAUCACUAUCAAAAUUUGGUAUAUUUCCUUCCAGACCUUUUGAAUUGUGAAGUUUUCAUAUUUUGCUGCUUUUUAAAAAUAUAUAAUUUUAAUGAGAAGCCUA